CGUCUUCCCAUUUUCUUUCUCUACCCCUUUCAUUUGCUUUUUAAGGAAAACAUUGCGAUUAGGGAGAAGGGUGAGAGAGAUAAAAAGGGAACCAAAGAAUUCCAAGAAAAAAAUAUUAAAUUUUUAUUUUUUCUAAAAGAAAAAACCCAAACUAGAAAAGCGAUUAUCGCUUCGUCCUCCCGAAACGACUCCUUCAGAUUUUUGUUGGUUGCUUCUCUUGUUAUGGCUGCUGCUGCAACUGCAACUGCAUCUGGUGGUCCACAAUAUGCUCCGCCAGACCCAACUCUUCCCAAACCAUGGAAAGGCCUAGUUGAUGGUAAAACUGGUUAUCUCUACUUUUGGAAUCCAGUUACAAAUGUCACACAAUACGAAAGGCCUACAAAUAUAGAUUCUGGCCCAAAAUCUUCUUCAGUGCCUAUGGGUUCUUCAGUGCUGGUUCAACAAUCUUAUGAAGGACGUUAUAGGUAUAGUUCUGAGAAGGAGCAUGAUCGGUAUGGAAAAGUAUCCGAUGCUGUACCAAAACUUGAGUCAGUAUUAGGGAGUGAUCAGAAUGCUAGGGGUGGACCAUUUCAUUCCCAUACACCUAAUGGGACUUCCAACACUCUUAUUGGUGGAUUAUUUGCUAGAGGACUGGGAUCAGCAGCUGGAGAAAGUAAUUUGUCUGGUGACGCUUAUUGUCAUCAGCAUGAGAUAACAGUAACUGGAGGUGAAGUACCACCGCCCUUUUCAUCAUUUGAAUCUACUGGUUUUCCUUCUGAGAUACUGAGAGAGGUGCACAAUGCUGGGUUUUCUGCUCCGACUCCCAUUCAGGCUCAGUCAUGGCCAAUUGCAUUGCAAGGUAGAGACAUAGUGGCCAUUGCGAAAACGGGUUCUGGGAAAACAUUGGGUUAUCUACUUCCUGGAUUUAUGCAUCUCAAACGUUGCCGUAAUGAUCCUCAAAUGGGUCCAACUGUGUUAGUUUUAUCGCCAACUAGGGAGUUGGCUACUCAAAUACAAGAGGAAGCUAACAAGUUUGGGAAGUCGUCAAGAAUUAGGUGCACGUGUUUAUAUGGGGGAGCACCAAAGGGUCCUCAGUUGAGAGAGAUUGAGAGAGGAGUAGAUAUUGUGGUUGCCACUCCUGGCAGGUUAAAUGAUAUUCUGGAGAUGAGGAGAAUCAGCCUCCACCAAGUUUCUUACCUCGUGUUAGAUGAGGCUGAUCGCAUGUUGGACAUGGGCUUUGAACCUCAAAUACGGAAGAUUGUGAAUGAAGUUCCUACUCGCAGGCAGACACUAAUGUACACGGCAACAUGGCCAAAGGAAGUCCGUAAAAUUGCUGCUGAUCUACUGGUAAAUCCUGUUCAGGUCAACAUUGGCAAUAUUGAUGAGCUUGUGGCAAACAAGUCUAUUACCCAGUUUGUUGAAGUAUUAUCACCAAUGGAAAAGCACAGAAGAUUGGAGCAGAUACUGCGCUCACAAGAACCAGGAUCCAAGAUAAUUGUUUUUUGUUCAACUAAGAAGAUGUGUGAUCAACUUGCUCGCAACCUCGCUCGACAAUUUGGAGCUUCUGCUAUCCAUGGAGACAAAUCUCAGGCUGACAGAGAUUAUGUGUUAAGUCAGUUUCGCACUGGGAGGUCCCCAGUGCUUGUUGCUACUGAUGUUGCUGCUCGUGGAUUGGAUGUUAAAGACAUAAGGGUGGUAAUCAACUAUGACUUUCCUACUGGGGUCGAGGAUUAUGUUCAUAGGAUUGGGAGGACUGGAAGGGCAGGUGCUACUGGAUUAGCAUAUACAUUCUUUGGUGAUCAGGAUUCGAAGCAUACUUCAGAGCUAAUCAAAGUUCUAGAAGGUGCAAACCAGAGGGUGCCUGCAGAACUUCGUGAUAUGGCUUCACGUGGUGGUGGAAGGGGAAUGCCUAGACGUUGGACUCCCAAUUCUGGUGGCCGUGGUCGUACUGGGUUUGGGUUUGGCGGCAGGGAUGGUGGCAGAGGUGGUCGAGGAAUUUCUUCAUUACCAUCUAGCUGGAAUGAGAGAACUGGAGGACAGGGAUAUAGGCACGAGUCCAGUGAUAGUUACAAUAAGGGAAGAAGUCGCAGUCGGAGUCCUGCAGGUUGGGGUGAUUGCAGUAAAAGUGGUUUCCAUGAACGCAGCCGGAGUCGUAGUGCUGACAGGUAUGAUAGUGCUGCUGCACGUCAACGCUCGUGAGAGGUCCAAAUCACCAUAUAGCGGUGCUGGUAGUAGUGGAAGAUCGAUUGGCGACUCUCAGCAGGAGGGGAAUAUGCUGGUAAAGGUUUCAGGGAAUGAGGAAGAAGGUAUGAUACCUCAUUGAUCUUUUUGACCUCAGAAUUUAGGAAUUUGGUGGUUCAUGCCUUCUGAUAAACUUUUCUUUCUGAGUUUGGUUCGAGUUUUAAUAUUAUAUAGUUUAAGAAGUUGAAUCACAAGGGAAUAUUUGUUACAUUUUUCUUGAUAGACUUGCCAGGUUUCAGAUGAAUGGAGGUAAAAUAAAAUAAAAGUAGGCCAAGAUUGUUACGUAUUAGGAUAAAACCUUGAAUC